CUCUUACUCGCUCAUUCGAUUCUCGAAGCAGUUUUCGUCUCUCUAUACCUCUCUAUAGCCCUCUUUUCCUCGAGCAUCUCAAGAUACUCAAAGAAGGCACCAUAAUCACAGCCAUCAUUCCAGUAAUGAACGUGACUGGAUUAUAGCUUGCCUGCUGUACGUCGGCUGAUCCAACCUGAACUUGGAACACCGCAAAUCGCUUCAAGAAAUCCUCAGAAAGCGCAACUGAGUUUUCAUUUAAGAUCCUUCGUACUCUCCUGCCAAGUCGAUGCCCAGUGGAUCCACUUAAAGCCGCCUCUACGGCCCCAUUGGCUCGCAGAAUUGUGGCUCGAGUCAUUCUGAGAUGCUAUCGCUCGGCAUCUAUGCCACCACCUGCACCGUGUCCAGCACCAUGAUAAGCGGGAGAUGACACGUUACGUGGGAUUCAAUUUUUCCAGCCACUGACAUAGUCGUGUCAACUCGUGACACAGCUGCAAGGGGAGGACUGUGAAAGAGUACCAACGUUUCUGGUAUCUAUGGUGAUGGCUAUUUAAACAUGACCGCCCGGAAGCGCUCCAUAUAACACGCUUAAGCUUAUAAAGGCAGUAACCCUUCAUGGCCGAUGAACUUGAUCUUAACAUCCACAUCCAGAAAAUACUAUCAAUAAGGAUGGUCAGCAUCACCCCGGAAGAACUAUCCUUACGACAAACUUCUUCUUCAGAACUUGCAGUCUCUCUGGACCACAUCUAUGUCCUGAAAACCGUGGUUGGCACCCAAAACGACUUGUCAAGGCAUCCGAAAAGCGAAAUCUCGUUACUGAAAGCGUCCGUGCACCCCAACAUCGCCGAUUUUGUGGGAAGUUAUCGAUCUUACAUCGAGAAUGACGAUAUAGUCAGCGCGCUACCGAGGAAUCGUACGCAAGCAGUUGUCUUGACGGAGAUAAUCGAGAACAAUGAACUUGAAGAGAAUCAUGUUGCCCGGGUGUGCCUGGAAGUUUGUGAAGCGCUGCGGUAUCUUCAUCAGGAGAAGAUCGUACACGGAAAAGUCAACUCAAGUAAUGUUCUGCUCGAUGUUCAAUGCCGGGUUAUGCUCACCGACUUUGAUAAUGACACUUUAACGAAUUCUCCGCAUUGGCUGGCCCCUGAAUUGGCGAAGAAACGUCUACAAGAGGGUAAUCAUACCAUUCAUGUAUCGAAGGAAACUUUGCAAACCUGGGGACCUAUGGUGGAGGCUGCAGCGUCCUCGAGGCAUCGACGGAACCUUAGUUAUUCGGGUACUGCGAAAGCGGAUAUAUGGUCGUUGGGUAUCACACUGUGGGAGAUGAUAGAAGGAUGUCCGCCCUACGGUGAUGAGAAAGACACGAUAAGGGUUUUGGAGCUAAUAUCGACGAAUGGGACACCUACUUUGAGAAACCCGGAUAGGUGUAGUCGAGAACUCAAGAGGCUCUCGUCACGGAUGUUGUGCGUGAACUUGGGAAGUCGGAAUGGUGCGAGGGACAUACUUGAGGACCCGUUUCUGGAGAAAGCUUGUUCUCAACUAGGAAUGGUGCUCCUGCUUCAAUUCAAGCUGCAGCCUUGACGAUCGACGGGUUCAUAACGUCUUUUACCGGGUACAAGUCUUUAUGACGGCCCUGUUAUAGUACAUCAACGCCUUCAGAAGGCAGUGAUGACCGUUCAAUUGUUAUUCUACCG